GGGAUACCUCCCUUCCGGACCCCCAAACUGCCCAAACCCCCCUUUGAAAGCGUGCGGGGUUGCGGAAAGACGUGGCGUGGAGCACUCAGCAGAGGCCCGGGAUCAAGGGUGUCAGAUGGGGACUCUGCACACCUGAGCGGGCUCCAACCUAACUCCAUCCCAGAGCGCGGGGAUUUGAGGAAGUGCCUCCCAGGCCUCAGCCUCAGUCUCUCCCGACUCGCGCCCACCCUGUGGCUGGCUCUCCCUCCUCUCUCUAAACGUGGACCUGAAACUCCAGCACCUCGACUUCUGGGCCAGCCUCCAUGGCCAGGUCCCAGGAUUGUUGGACUGGGACAUGGGGAACGAGUCCUUUCUGGCCUUCACCACGACUCACCUGCCCUUAGCGGAACAGAACCUUGCCAGAUAUAAACUCCGAAUAGUUGAGCCACCAAAAUUGCCUCUGGGGAAAAAACCCAACCCUGAUAAUGAUGGUCCAGAUUUUGAGCCCAACCUGUGGAUGUGGGUAGACCCCAACAUCGUGUUACCUCCUGGAAAGCUGGAGGUCCCACAACCCAGUAAGGGGGAGAAUCUGACAAGCACAGUCCCCUCCCCUCAGCUGUCCCCCAAAGAAGAAGACUUUGCCCGCUAUGCAGAGGCCACAGUGGUGGAGUCACCAUCACCGUCCAGAGAGCAGUCUCCCCCUCGGAAGCGGUUUGCCUCUUCCCCCAGCACCUGGGAGCUCACAGAAGAGGAGGAGGCUGAGAACCAGGAUGACAGCUCCUCUGUGGCUCUCCCGUCCCCUCACAAAAGGGCCCCCCUCCAGAGUCGGAGGCUUCGGCAAACCAACAGCCAGGCGGGGAGGCUCUGGUCCCGGCCCCCUCUCAAUUACUUCCAUCUAAUUGCACUGGCAUUAAGAAACAGUUCCCCCUGUGGCCUCAACGUGCAACAGAUCUACAGUUUCACUCGACAACAUUUCCCCUUUUUCCGGACGGCUCCUGAAGGCUGGAAGAACACCGUGCGUCACAAUCUCUGUUUCCGGGACUGCUUUGAGAAGGUGCCGGUCAGCAUGCAGGGUGGGGCCCCCACACGGCCUCGAUCCUGCCUCUGGAAGUUGACCGAGGAGGGACACCGCCGCUUUGUGGAGGAGGUCCGGGCCUUGGCCUCCACUCGGCUGGAAAGCAUCCAGCAGUGCAUGAGCCAGCCAGAUGUGAUGCCCUUUCUCUUUGACCUUUAAGUUCAAGAACCAAGCGUCAGCCCACGCAUUAAUAAAGUUAUCUGCAAUAGC